ACUCCCUCCCUCUCAAAUCUAAGAUGAAUCAGGACUUUCUCCUCCAGGACUUCUCCCAUUUAUAUGGCCUCAACCCAAUGCUCCAACCACUUCCGAUGGGACUGCCGCCAUUCGUUCCGAUGGACUUCCCCAACCAUGCUUCUUCCACUGCUCCACUGCUCUCCAGCCUGCUCAACGCUCCAGGAUCACUUUAUGGUCCCGAGGGGCUGCUCCAAGGACCACCACCGUUGAGCCAGGACCAACUGAACUCGAUUCUUCUCGGAGCGUUUACCAGACAUCUUUCGGAUCCCGCAAUGAUUCCACUAGCCGAUUUGGAUCCGAUGAUCUGUCAAGCACCAAGCAUCACCGAGCCCGUAUCGAAGCACAUAAUGAGAACCAGAAGCCUCACUCAGGACUCAGUGAAGGUCAAGCUUGAACCUGUAGAAGAUGAGAUAAUCGACGUCGGAGUGAAUAAUUAUCAACCUCCUCAAACAUCUGUUGAGCCAGAGCAACAAGGAUCUCCAUCAGACUCUGAUAGCAAGAAGCUUCCCGAAUCCCCACAAAACAGUGCUCCACCGCCGUUGGAACUCGAGCAGCCAGAGCCAGCUCGAGCCUUGCUCAAGUCUGCCCCAAAAAGCUAUGAGCAACUUGCAGCUGAGAAUUCAGCGAUGAAAUUGGAGCUCGCAUUUCUCAAGAGCGAACUUGAACAGAAGGAUAACAAAAUUCUGGUGGUCGUAGCAGAAAAUGUGAUUCUCAGAGAGGAGUGGGAUGCGAACAUUGCUAUCAAACAGGACUUGAGAGUUAAGCUCAAAGACCUUGAGGACAAGUUCGCGCAAAAGUCGAAGGAGCUGUCUGCUUCCAACUCGAACAUCGCUCGACUCGAACGGAAAAACGAGAAGCUCAACUGCCGCUCAGCCAGAUGCUCCACAAGCUUCAAUUCGGACACCUCCACGAGCAUAACACCGGAGCCACACGGGCAUCUGGCUCCUGAGCUGCAGCUCCCAUCGGCUUCAGCUCUCAAUGGGAUGCUCCAUGGGACUGGGUUCGCUAGAGAUGGGCAGAAUUCGCCCAACCACACUCCCAAGGAUUUUGGACACCUCCAGUGUACCUCGGACCUCCGAAAGUUCUUCCCAGAAAAAGUUGAACUCGAAGCCCGUGAGAGCCCGAAAAGAUCUAGAGGAGGCGGCGGAAGAGGACGCGGAGCCAGCCGAGCCAAACGAGGAAGAGCCAUCGUUCCCACCUAUGAUAUGAUUUUGGAGGCUCACAGCAAGCCCUAUGUCCACCGUAACUACUGAGCCGGUUCAUUCUCUUCUCAACUGAUCUCCAAUGUGAUCUCCCAGCCCCCCGCCAUUGCCAUAUCUGUUUGUCCCGUUAAAAUUGUUUUAUAAUAAGAACUGCAAUCAAUAAAUGAACUCUGUGUAGACGUU